GGAAUAGGAUGCUUGUGGAGAGAGAGAGUGACCCCCGUAUUCUCCCGCUCUCUUCGAUCUUUCCGUCGCCUUCCCGCCAUUUUUCGGCAACUCCCUCCUGGUGAGUGAGUGACUCCUUCGCUUCCUUCGGCCUGCCUUACUGCUGACUGAAAGCGCUGCAUCAGAAUGGUGGUCAUCAGGCGUCCUCCCGUCACCCUGCUCUUCUUCAUCGCAGCUGCCGGCCUCAGUAUCGCAGUUGACCAAACCGUGGACUACAUCAACACACUCUCAGCUAGCAGUAGCAGUAGCAGCAGCAUCGUCAGCCAUGCCGCUUCGAUGCCUGCCUUCCCCCUGCAGCACUCCGUGCCCAUCCAGGCGGCAUGGUUCUCGUGCAGAGAGCCCCGGAUCUCUGGCGAGAAGAGGGCUAACACCACUGCCGCUGACGGGGAGCGGCGUUCUGCGCAGCGCAACAAGAGCGGAAAGAAGAAGAACACUAAGGGGCAGCAACAGCAGCAGCAAGGGCCACGUGCUGCAGAAGCGGACGCCACUGCUGUGGCUGCACGUGACUUUGCCCGGGCGCUGUCCUACAUGGGCAGCUCCGUUGCCGACCACACAUGGGAGGUUAUCGAGGUAGGUACACAGACAGGUAUGGAUGGAGGGAUGGAUGGAUGGAUGGAUGGAGGCGAUCGUCGUCUUUCCAGCCAGAGAUAGUGAUUGGUCUGCACGUCAUGUGUGUGUCUGUGUGUGUGUCUGUCAGGAGUUUGGGACGCGGAUGCUGCUGCUCCUGUUGGCCCUUGGGGUGAUCGGGACAAUGGCCUUUCCGGCCGUGGCGUGGGUGGCAGAUGGUUUGAGAAACAAGUGAGCGAACCAUACGCACACACGCAAUUGUGGACUAGGCAGCGAUAUAGUGAUGCGAGCGACUGCCCAUGUGUGUGUGUGUGUGUGUAUGUGUUUGUGCGCGUGUGUGUGUGUGUGUGAGUGCAGCCCCGAGCAGGUGACUUUUGAUAAUUUCUGCGCAGCCGUCUACGACAUCUGGUACGACUUCGUCUGUGUCAAGCCCUACCGCAUCGCCAGACGGCUCCUACUCGCUGUCCUUCACAUCUUCCUGGCACUCGUCGAGGGCGCCGCGUGGCUAAUCGGCUUCGUGUGCAAGCCCGUCCACACGUGGGUGUCGGCCAAGCGGGCCGAGAUGAUUGAGAACGACCUCAUCAACGAGCAGCGGCAGGAAGCCGCCGGCAUCGUGGGAAGGGAGCUGUCGUCGAAGGACAAGUACGUGAAGCGCCGACGAGAGCAGAAGAAACGACGCAGACAGCGAAAGCAUCUGGAGAAGCUGGCGGCCGUCCAAUCGGCGCCACCCAAGCGAUCGCCGGCGCCUUACGUGCCGAUCACGCCCGACGACCACGUCAUGACUGACGAUGGGGCGGUGGUGGUGCUACGUCAGGACCACAUCGACCACGAGCACAUUGACGACGGCGAGUGGAGCCGAGUGGGGGCCAAGGGCAAGAAGGUCAAGCAGCAGCCGGCCCUCAGCAAUGCUGCCACGACACCUGAGUCAGACCUGCCCAGCCACGGCGAGCCUGGUCAUAGGGAACAAGGCGGCAUGACGGUGGCGGCCGAGAAGCCGCACCUUGUCAAGGGAGCGGCGCAUGAGCCCUCUAGCGACCGUCCUAUCAUCCCCUACCCCACCCCCACCCUGCCCCCCGCACCACCUGCGCCACCAGUACAACCACCAGUCGCCCCGGCCCCCGUGGAGCCUCCCGUCACGUGGACGCCGCCGGCCGACAUGCCCCCUGUCCCCAUGCCACCCAAGGCCCCCAAGGAGCCUGUCGCGCCGGUUCCAGUGACCAGGAAGAAGGCACCCAAGGCACAGCCGCAGCCACCGCAGAAGCAGCGGGGCAAUUUGCAGCAGGGCGCGUUUCGCGACACCCCACCGGCACCACCCGUGCCGCCGCAGCCGCAGCCGCAGCCACAGCCACAGCCACAGCCGCAGCCGCAGCCCGCGUCGCAGCGUUCGGGUAUGGGCAUGGGCGGGGGGCAUGUCGACGAGGGGCAAAAGCAGAGCGGGCCCAAACCAGCAGCAGCAGCAGCAGCAGCGGAGGGAGAGGGCGACAUCGACGAGUUUGCCGAGUUGGAGGAGGCAUGGAGGAGCGGUGCUGGCGGUGGCGGUAAGCUGCCAUCGAGUACACCGAAGCCGCAGAGACCCAGGGGUGAGCGUACGCCCAACAAGCCACAGACCUCUUCACUGGCGGCCAAGGAGUCUCCCAAACAGCACAGCACGGCCAAGAAAGGCUGGCGGCCCGCACUGCGUCCAGCUCAGCAGAAAGGUGGUAGUGGCGCAUCCGGUCACGUCACGGGCAGCCCCUCUUCGUCGGCUGUGGGGUCGGUGUCCCAUGUGGCUGGUGAGGGGGCCGCCAGUGUGCAAGGGGAGGGGGCGGGUGUGGGUGGGGGGAGUGGGGCGGCUAGUUUGACGACGACGACCACGAACCACGAGAAUGCUGCAGAGGGUGAGAGGGGCACACGGGAUGGAUGGAUGGAUGGGCUCCCCCACUGUGUUUGCGUCUUGUGUCAGGUGAGGUGUUCUCAUGGCAGUGCAAGGUGUGUUACUCCAAGCAGGCGACGUGCCUGUUUAUUCCCUGCAAGCAUCAGCUGGCAUGCGACGACUGUGCCAGGGUCAGCGACCGCACCGUACCGCACCAACGCCCUACCCCCCUCUCUCUGAUGUGUGUGUGUCUCUCUCUCUGUGUGUGUGUGUGUGUGUGUGUGAGGGUCUUUUCAGGACCUGGAGGCGAACUGCAGCCCGUGUCCUUAUUGCCGCGAGCCUAUAGCGCAGUUCAUAUACGGUAUCAUCAUUCCUGGCUAGAUCACA